AUAAUUGUUAUUAUAAUUUAUAAUUUACCACACGUGUGUUCCGCGAGAUUUAUUUAAUCAAAAUCGAUAACGAUAGGGUACAUUAUUUGUUAAAAUAGUAUUGCAACAGGAAUUUUGUACGAUUAUCGAGUAUCGAGAGAAGAUCAUAUUUCCAUACAAAUAAUUUCGUGAUUUUCGCAUUAUUCUUUCAUCACAAUAUACAUAAUAAAGUGUACAUCGCGUAGUUAUAAUAUCAAGAGUGCCGUGUAAUAAUAUAAAGUACCGCGCAAACGUCGUAUUCAACUAAUUAAUGCGCGCGCGAUCGUAAUUAACAGUUUUCGCGAGUGAGUGCCAUAAAGAAACAGCAAAGUAUCAACAAGAGAAAAGACGCAAGUCCGGAGCAAACUACGAGAUAAAAAUAUCACUUUGUAGAGACAGAUUCCAUACUACUACAAAAAUGGGAAAAAUAUUUGAGCGUCGAUUGAAACAACCAUCGCCAACUAUAUCUGUUGGGCAAGCUAUGCUGAAUAAACUACGCGAAAACAUCGAUGAUGUUUUGAUAAUAGACGGACACAGCGGUAAUCGAAUGACGAACAAGGAACUACUCGAGAAAAGUGUGAAAUUCGCAAAUUUUUUGCAAAGAUACGGGAUAAAAAUUGGGGACAGAAUUUCCAUCGCAUCUGAAAAUCGAAUAGAUUGGUUGAUACCGGCUUGCGCGACUUUCUACAUCGGUGCUAUAUUAGCACCAUACAAUCCUUUGUAUACGGAAUAUGAAUUCCAGCACAUAUUAAACAUCGCGAAACCGAGUAUUAUUUUGGUGUCUCGACGCACCGAACGUCUCAUAACUAAAGUCAUUUCAAACUUAUCUUGGAAAAUAGAGUUAAUAGAGUUGGAUGAUGAACCAUUCACAACAAAUAUGCGUACAUUGAAGGAUAUUUUAAAUAAUGAACAAGCUGUAGAUUUUCUGGGAUACAAAGCAACAGAUAUCGGCGAUAGUAGCCGACAUCCAUCGGCUAUUCUUUGUUCGAGUGGAACUACCGGAUUUCCAAAAGGAGUGACUUGGUCACAUAAAAAUAUAUUAGCGUUUAUGGUAAAAAUCAAGGAGCCUGAGUACUUGGAUAUAAAGCAACGCGACAGAUUGCUGAUAUUGUUACCGUUCUUUCACGGUUACGCAUUGGGUAUGCUGUUGAUUUCCAUAUAUACAGGCUGCAUCACAGUCAUGAUGCCCGCCUUCGAGCCGAAACUCUUCCUGGACCUGAUACAGAGGCACCAACUCACCCAUCUGCCGCUCGUGCCGCCGAUCCUGACGUUCCUGGCGAAGCACCCGCUGGUGGAUAAGUACGACUUUCGCAGCGUGAGAGAACUCAUCUGCGGAGCGGCGCCGCUUGCGAAGGACAUUGCAGCCGCUGUCAAAACUCGUCUCGGGGUGAAGAGCAUUCGCAACGGCUAUGGUAUGACGGAAUUAGCAGUAGUAAGCAAUCUGAGUGCACGCGAUGAUGAGGAUUCGUCAGAAAAUACGACAGUCGGAGUAUCCUUGCCUGGUUUCCUUAGCAAAGUGGUCGAUCUUGAGACACAAGAGACACUAGAAACUGGUCAGGUGGGUGAGAUCUGCUUUCAGGGGGAGCAAUUGAUGUUGGGUUACUGGAACAAUUCAGAAGCCACCAGGCAGACCAUCGACCAUGACGGAUGGCUGCACACCGGUGACGUCGGUUACUUCGAUGACAAGGGCAGGAUAUACGUGGUCGAUCGUAUCAAAGAGCUGAUCAAGUACAAAGGCUAUCAGGUCUCGCCGUCAGAGAUUGAGACGGUUCUACUGUCGCAUCCCGCGGUGAAGGACGCCGCGGUCACAGGAAGACCUGAUGAACGCAAUGGUGAGAUUCCUAUGGCUUUCAUAGUGAGGCAACCCGGCGCCACGAUUACCGAGCAGAAUCUCCAGGAUUUUGUCAAAAAGAAAUUGUCGCCGCAAAAAUGGUUGCAUGGCGGGGUGCAAUUUGUCGAUGCCAUACCCAAGAAUCCUUCCGGCAAGAUUUUACGCCGCGAACUUCGAGUAAUGAUCGCUAAACUAUAAUAAUAUAAAUUAAUCGAUUUUUUAAAAUAAAAAUAUAAUAAA